AUGAGUGCCGCCGCAGUGUCGAAGGGCGUGUGCAAGUGGUUCGAUUCCAAGAAGGGGUACGGCUUCAUCACAGCUGACGAUGGGACGGACUUGUUCGUGCAUCAGUCAGAGAUACGCGCGGAAGGAUUCCGGAGUUUGGCGGAGGGUGAGGAAGUUGAGUUCGUGGUGCAGACGUCCAGCGAUGGCAGACAGAAGGCAGUGAACGUUACGGGACCGAACGGUUCUGCUGUUCAGGGCGAGUCUCGUCGUGCCCCCCGCGGAGGUGGCUACGGAGGCGGAUAUAGUAACAAUGGCUAUGGUGGAAGCAACAGAGGCUAUGGCGGCGGCGGAGGGUACGGCUACGGCGGAAGCCCAGGCGGCUAUGACAACAAUGGCGGACACGGAGGGGAUUAUCAGGAGAGCCGUGCGGGAGGAGGGAGCCAGGAUGCGUAUGGCCGGCGCGCGUGGUAA